AUAGCCUGAGACGCCCCGGCCAACCCAGCCCAGCCCACGUUGCUGCGAGAUUGAAAUGCAGAACUUAAGUCUCCUGCAUCGGGAAAGUGACUUCCGUGGGGUCCUUUUCUUGACACCCUCGCCGUCUCCCACGGUGGAAACCGGAGGCAGCCGGGGCCUUCUCCAGCGCGGAUCGCGGGAGGCCGGGCGAGACCGACUCAGUCGCCUCGUUUUCUUCGGGGACUUUAACGAAGUCGCCCGCUCGGUGUCCUGACUGGAGCCAUGGAGCCAGCCUUCGGGGAGGUAAACCAGCUCGGCGGGGUCUUUGUCAACGGGCGCCCCUUGCCCAACGCCAUCCGGCUCCGGAUUGUGGAACUAGCCCAGCUGGGCAUCCGACCGUGUGACAUCAGCCGGCAACUCCGCGUCUCCCACGGCUGUGUCAGCAAGAUCCUGGCGCGCUACAACGAGACCGGCUCCAUCUUACCGGGGGCCAUCGGAGGCAGCAAGCCGCGGGUCACCACGCCGACGGUGGUGAAACAUAUCCGGACCUACAAACAAAGGGACCCCGGCAUAUUUGCCUGGGAGAUCCGGGAUCGGCUGCUGGCCGACGGCGUGUGCGACAAGUAUAACGUGCCCUCGGUCAGCUCCAUCAGCCGGAUCCUGCGCAACAAGAUCGGGAACCUCUCGCAGCAAAGUCACUACGAAUCCUACAAGCAGCACCAGACGGCUCCGCAGCCUACCCUGCCUUACAACCACAUCUACUCCUACCCGAGCCCCAUCGCUGCGGCGGGGGCCAAGGUGCCCACGCCACCGGGCGUGCCAACCAUCCACAGCGCCGUCCAUAUGCCUCGGACCUGGCCCUCCUCCCACUCCGUCACCGACAUUUUAGGAAUCAGGUCCAUAACCGACCAAGUGAGCGACAGCUCGCCCUACCACAGCCCCAAGGUGGAAGAGUGGAGCAGCCUGAGCAGAAGCGGCUUCGCGGCCACGGCCCAGCACGUUGCGGUGAACGGGCUCGACAAGAACUCCUUGGAACAGGAGGCCAAAUACAGUCAGGCACCAAGUUGUCUUCCCACUGUUGGAAGUUUUGUCUCUGCACCGACAAUGGCGCCUUAUCCUACAGCAGCGCAGGUCUCUCCGUAUAUGGCGUACAGUGCUGCUCCUUCUGGUUACGUAGCUGGUCACGGCUGGCAGCAUGCUGGAGGUACUCCACUGUCGCCCCACAACUGUGACAUCCCUGCGUCGCUGGCUUUCAAGGGUAUGCAGACAGCCAGAGAAGGUAGUCACUCCAUCGCAGCCUCUGCCCUCUGAUAUCAGAAACGUGGCAGAACAAUUUCAAUCCAGCUCUUUCCCUUACCCUAGAAUUCCUUCUCACAGAUGGACCUUGCAGGCUGGCGACAUUUGAAAUGUUUUUCUCCCUUAAAAAUUAAUCCUUGGGGUUCAGUAAGUGUAAAUAAUGUAAGAAAGUGACAAAUGUGUUGCUGCCCCUUGCACUGUUUUGCCUAAAGAUCUUACAACCCUCAGAGGGCUUGUUGUGUGACUAUUCAUUGGUGAAACCACACAUAUUUAUUCUAAAUCAACAGGACUGUCUCAAACGUGCAAUUGUUUCAGAUUUGUGAAAAACCUGUCAAGGAAAACCAGUAGAUAAGGCUACAAUUCUAACUGAGAAAUGCGACCAAAAAUAGAAGCUCUCUUCUGGAUCACUCAAUAGUUCUUCUUCUUCUUGAAAAAAAUUGUAUGGACAAAUGAACAACAAUUUUGGUUAACCAUUGACUUUUUAUAGUAACAAAUGAUAGAACCAAAUGAAUGCACGGCUCUUUUAUUUAUCCUGUAUUUUAUUGUGAUUACAAAGGCAGUAAUACUUUUGUUUUCUAUAUGUAAAUAUGGUCCUUGGUCAUAAUUUGUGUGUCCACUACUCAAAUUUCCAUUUUCUUUUUGUUGGUAAAAGGUGACACCCUAGCCAUUUGCUGUUUUGUUUCUUGACAAUGGCCUUUACCUUAAAUGAUUCAAGUUUAGACAGUUCCUUUGAGUACAUUUUGGGCACAAGGUGGAGGCACCUGCAUCUCAUGAAAAGCAUUUUGUUUCUUCAGCAGAGAACUUAAAGUGACCCACUUCAAUUCCACUGGGUUGGAUUCAGAGUGUCCCUUCUGCAAAUAAUGGAAGGACUCUUGCCAUUGGCAGAAGAGACUAAAUCCAACAGAGGUUCUGCUGUAGAAAGGGGGGAAAGCCAUUUUCCCCAAUUUCUCCUUUUCCCUGUAGCCCCCAAAGCCAUGUCCUACACUUUCAGAGGGUCUCCCACAACUCUGGAACAUCCUUUCAAGGGGUCCAGGGGGAAGGAGGGAUUAGUAAAUAUGGCAUCUCCCUCCCCUCCAUUACUCCAGUAGAAGUGUCUUGUGUUCUCACACAAACUCUGGAUCUAACUCACUGAUUUCAAUAGCACUUGAGUGUGACUAGCGUUCUCUGGAUUAGGGCUGAUUAAAGUUUUCCUUAUGGUACCCAAUCUCCUAAAAUCAUAUCAUCAAACUAAUAUGAAAGAGACAUGGAUGGAAAGGACCUGAACAAAAUGGAAGCUUGCAUUUAAUGUGAAAUUUUGUGCAGAGAUUUUUAAUAAGCCAAGGGCACAAUCCACCAAGCAGUUCUCCUGCCCAAGCAUGGUAGAGUUCUUGUGCACCUCCCAUUCAUUUCAGUGAGUGCUUGUGCAGGAGGUAGGUGAGUUAUGCCCCAUGUUAACAAAACCACUGUGAAAGAAAAUUGUACUGUAAAUUUGUUGGCUUACCUGUGUUCAGUAAUUCCAGCCCAAAACUUUAUGUUGUCAUUUAAAAGAGCAAAGCAAAAAAAGUUGUCUUAAAUUCCUGCUUUAUUGAAUGUAAAAAGAAAAAAGAAAAAGACUUUCAGUAAAGUUUACAUUAUUGUACAUAAGCAUGUUUCAUUCAUAGGCAUAUUGGUGGCGGUACUACAGAUAUUAUUUAUAGUGUUAACAAAAUUCCAUUUUUGCAUUUCUGUAUCACGCAUCAUUUCAUGGUCAUUUGGAUCCCGAUUGCUCUCUUUCAAUCUUUCCCCUUAACAGUAUAAUCUCUUCAAGAUGGCCUGUUUUCCUUGGACAAUAAUAAAGUUGUGAAUAUAGUUUCAGAAAGCCUCCUCAAGCUUGCAGAUGUGUGCUGAAGAUUAACCACGAAAAGAUUUGAAAAUUGACAUAUUUCCUAGCAUUAUAAAAUAUUAAUAUAUUAUGUAUUUUUGUAAGUCUAGUGCAAUAAUGUAAAAACAUCAUUCAAUACAGAUUUUGAAAAACUGCUUUAAUAAAAUUAUCUCCGUUU